AGUCACACACUUGCAACACCGUGUCUAAUUGUGUUAUCGGUGGGCUGCUUUGGCUCAGUCUUGUUCCUUCGCCCCGGAUCUAAUGACAUAGUAUCGUCCUUGUUGUUUUUUUUUUUCUCUCUCUCACUGUUUUUAACAUUUCGUCGUCACCUCAAAGUCGCCGUCAAGCUAGCCGGAAUCAGCUACCGGGAUUUCAAAACAAAAGCGUGACAGUUGCUGUUGGAUAAACCAUCAGAUAACAGUUGCAACAUGGUCCUGUUUGUUAACGCUAGCGUUGCUCGGCGCCCGAAAAUUGAGCACAAGAGGGAAAACGACUUUAAUUGGAAAUAACUGGCUAUUGCACAUUUUGAAGGGUCCAGUAUGCCAAAGGAAAAGCCUUGCUUGAGCGAGCACGGUUGUUUUGCUACGUCCAGCAAGAAUGCAAAAGAUAAGAGCAACAGUACGACUCUACUGGCUUUACGUAAUGCUAAAGACACAGAUGACUCCAGGGGAAGGGGCUCCAACUGCAGCUCAGAAAAAGACUCGGGCUACUCUGAUGUCUCAGACUGGCAACAGACAGAUGUGGAGGACCAGCAUAGCAACAAAAGCCAGUCCAGAGGCAGCGAGUGUGCAGAAACUUCACAGCCAGGCCAAAACCGAGAACGUGGGCGUGGAAAUCCUGUAAAUCUUACCCUGAUGCCAGCAGGCCAUGAGCUGCCAUCCAUCUACAUAAUCAAGAACAUGGUGCUUAAGCCGCCGGGAAUGAUCCAGAAAAGAGGUCAGCUGCUCUGGAGAAAUAAAAGCAGGGAGACCGGCAGUUCUGGUGCUCCCCAUAUGAUUCUUUUCCAGCAGCCUAACUUGUUGCCGACUACCCUGCAGGUCCACAAGCCCUUGUCCCGGAAGUCCAACAUCACAGGGAAGAAAAUAAAUGGCACAUACCUACCUAUUUUCAACUCCUACCCCCGCAUUGCACCACACCCCAGCAAGAAGCCACCUGAUAAAUCUUCAUCAAAAGAUGAAUCCCAGAAUCUGAGCAAGAGGGUAUGCACAGAACAAAACAGUGAUAACACACCUGUGACUCAGAGUCUACCUGCGCAGCACCUUUAUAAGCAACCCAAAUUAGCAGUCUCAGCCUCUGGGCAGCAAUGUUCCUCUUCAACCAGAGAUGGCCUGUCCUCUUCCAGUUCUGCUACCGCUUCCUCGAGCCAGGGCUCCCCCUCUGUGCCCAGCAUGCACACCACCUCCUCCUCCUCCUUCCUCGCAACCAGAGGACUUCACAGAAACAGCAACACCAGCACUCGCCACCGCCGUUUCCUCAACACAGUAGAAAUCCUCAGACAGUCGGGUUUGUUGGACAUUACACUGCGCACUAAGGAGUUGCUGCGCCAAAGUAACGCCAGCGAGCAGGACAUUGCCCAGCUGCGCCAGCACACAGAGCUUCUGUGUCAGGCUGCCAGCAACCCCAGCUGCAGCCUGAACGGUAUCACGGUCUUUGAAUGUCUACACAAAGCCAUGGCCGAGUCCAGCAGCUACCCCAACCUCAAACUCCUGCAGAAUUUACAAAUCCCGUCUCAUCCAGAUUCUGCUGGUCAAAAGGAGAGUAUUGCCACAGUUGAUGCCAAAGGGCCACUAGCUGCUGAGAACUCAGAUGUGCCACAAUCUCGCCUUCUCACCGCCAUAUUGGACCCAAGCCAGAACUGUCUUAUAUCACAGCAAUCUCAGUCACAACGAAGCAGGAAGCUCGAGGCCGGUGAAAAAACCUCAGAGAAUGUCACCUUUAUGCCUCCUGACAGUUCUACCGGUUAGCACAAUCUGCAGUGCCUUCAGAGGGAGAGCGACUACUCAGGGCCAGCCAGUGGAGAACCAGUAGUUAUGUUUGGAUAUUGUGUGUGUUUUUAAUGGUUUAUCCCGGGUUAUUUAAACCUAGUUUCAUAGGGAUUGCGCAAAAUAUCUCUGCAGGUCAAUGGAAAUUCAAGGAUGACUUGAUUUCAUUACUUAUUGUACAUGUUGCAGAUUUUUUUCCAAUUGCUUGACUCCACCAGUUAAAGGUAGUAUAAGCGAUUCUAAUCUAAUACACUUUUUUAUCAAAUUUAGUGAAUAUCUCAUAAUGGUCCGCUAGCCGUCCGUUCUCUUUGUGUGCUGAAAAAAAAAUCGCACACAUGCCUGGUUCUGCAUAUGAGAAAUAAAGAAAGUGGCUUGGAUUGACAAUUUCAGCCCAUCAGCACCUUGGGGUGAUCAUACUCGUGCAUAGGAGGGGGAAGGGGAUAAAAAGGGGCUGUGGGAGCGAGAGAGACGAUAAUUGCUACACCACAGAGAAGGAGAGACCGUCAAGAAACAGCCUCAGAGCAGAAGGUCUGGGGAGCAAAGGUUGAAAAAGAAGGGCUACAAUCAGGUGAGGGGGAAGACCCGCAUUAACAUCUGUGAGGCUUUCCAACAGUGGAGACUGCAUGGUCAGACUUAUCGGCUGGGACUGGCCUGCACCCCGACUGACAGGCACACAGGGAGGGUCGAUAAAGAGACUGAUGGGGUCAGUAAAAACUUU